CACAAAAAAAUUAUCGUUUUGAUAAGGCUAUUGAAUAAUUUUAUUUAUUUGGUAAAUAAUGACAAUUUCAGUCAAGUUUUGGCUGUUGUUUGAGGAUUAAAUUCCAUCUCAUCCAACCUUCAGUUCACUAAGUUUCACUCUCAAUAUCAAAACAAUGGAGUUCCUCAUGGCCAUCAAAAGAAAAAUAAAUCACAAGAACUUCUUUUUCAUGCUGCAUUUAGAGACUGGCGGUGUUUUUAUCAACGGCUACAACCUUUGGCUAUCACUGAGUACAGUCUUGUUCUCAUUCUUCAUCACUAGUACAAUCACAUAUUAUGUUGGUGUUGGAUGGUACGUCGGCUACAUUUUCUUCCACAUUGCCUUGAUUGUCAUCUCAUUAGUGGCUUUAAAAGGACUAGAAGCUAAUUCUAGAGUCCGGAUCUGCUUAGGCUUCAUACCGACUGCAUUAUGGCUUUUGAUCUUUUUCGUCGCUAUAAUUUCUGUAGUUUUUACCUCGCUUGAUGACUCUGGAGUGAAUACGGCAGAUGUUUAUGGUGUUUUAAUUCUGUAUUUCUUUAUUCAUGUGUACAUGAUGGCUUACUAUAUAUUGCUGUUUAUAUCUACAUAAGAUGAUUUAGUUC